AUGGCUCAGCCAUCAUAUCUAGCAAAGAAAUACGAAUAUCACCCCGCUGGAGCUGAAGACUUACGAGCCCCAUGCCCUGUUCUUAACGCCCUGGCAAACCACGGGCUAAUUGCCCGCGAUGGCCGUAAUAUUACGGCUGAUCAGCUGAAGGAUGCCCUCAAGCAUAUUGGUGUUGGCAUCGACAUAAGGUUGGGCCUUGUCAAGGCUGCGUAUGCUGUUCACAACGAAAAGUCGCAUCGUGGCCUUCGCAACCCAGGACAGGUAAAUAAUUCUGGGAUACCUGUCUUGAAUCUGGAUCAAACUGGACGUCCUCAUGCGGUGGAACACGAUGUUUCUCUCUCUAGAGAGGAUCGCGCCCUGGGUGACUGUAUCAGUCCUCACUCGGGCUUAAUUGAAGGGUUUCUUGGGUAUCCAAAAGAAGACUUCUUCUCUGUUUCCCAUCUUGGCAGGCUUCGCAAGAAGCGGUAUCUGGAGCAAAAAGCAAAGAAUAAGGAUUUAAAAUUUAGCUACAAAACCCAUAUAGUGGGCUGUGCUGAAGCUGCUAUACUUCAGGGAGUUUUUGGUGAGGGUGUCUUCUAUCACCUUCCAGUUAAAUACGCGAAAGCGGUUUUCCAGGAGGAGCGUUUGCCAUUUAAUGAGGGCUGGAAGCCGCGAUGGAGUCCAUUAAUGAUUCCUGAGCUGAUUGUAUUACUCAUUGCGGUCUUAUGUUAUGCUUCUUUGUUUUGA